UGCAUAUAAACAUCCCAUACAUUAGUUACUGUUCCUUAUAACUUUCGCUCUUUCUGCAUAAACAGAUCCUUCUCACGUGCCUCGUAUUUUUUAAGUGAUCAAAUAAAACUCUCCCAAACGAUCUUCCCAGCAGUAAAAUCCAUUCGGGGACAUCGCAUCUACCCCGUUGCGCAUGGAAAUUUCUCCCGAUCCAAAUCAACCCCGGGGCGAAGCCCUGUCAAUCCCACCCUUGUCGUGGAUUAUCCACUAUUUGCCACUUCAAACAGAAUCACAUUUUCCCGAAGUCACCGGGUUCCCUCCUCGCGACCGGCCCUGCUGCGGGUCGAUAAAGCCUCUCACUCUCACCCGCUUCCACAUCGUGCGCCCCCUUCGCGUCUCGGUCUUCGUGCUCGGCGUCCUGAGCGGGAGCGAGAGGAAGAAAGACCAGGAGUGCGGCGGGGGCGAGGGUCGGUCGAGCAGGACGGAAGAUCGCCGGAGUUCUGUCAGUGGCCUCUCGGACACGGAAGCGUCGUAAACGGGGGUCGUCAGCGAGGAGCGAUCCUCCACCGCCUCGACAUCCCGAGAGACCGAAGAUCGCUGUGCGAUCUUCCGCGAUCCGCACGGUAAUCGAUCGACUCGGGGGUACGUCGAGCGCGGGACCGAGGUGGCACACGGGGGUGAAAACGCGCACGUUUCGUCGGUGCACGUUCACACGCCGACCUCGCGAAACCGAACGCGCCAGCUUCGAUCCAGUUCACCCCGUUGAACGGCAAAUUGAACGCGAACCCGCGCGAACGUGAGAGGGAGGGACGCAUGUCCACCCCCGUCCCGAGUUCUGUCGUCUUGCGGGGAACAUCAUCCGGAGAGACGUCGAUGUUCGUGUGACUUGGCACGAGAUUUGCCUUGGCAUGGCAUGACAUGUGACGGCUCGCAGGGUGUCAUCGUUCUCGAUGGAAGCGCAAUCAGCAGUUUGUCUCAUGUGUUUGAACCCUCCCGCAUCACCUCGGCUUUCUACGUUCUUCAGCAGUCGCGUCACGUAAUCGGCGACAGUCGAUAUUAGCCCGAAAGGGCAGUUCUCGAAGGGGAGCUUUAACUUAGGAGCUCUGCUGUACAAAGUACACGCUAUAGGACACUAGAGCCGAUCAACAAACAAAGAGAAGGAAAGACAACACAAUGAUUACGAUGCUGCAGAAGUCAUCGUCAUCGACGAGGCCCACGUGGACAUUGCGAAGUCGAAAUAUGUGCCGGUUGGUCGAUGUUGUUGGGGCUCAUUAAUCCAUCAGCGGAAUCAUGCUGUCAGAAUGCGGCGGACUGGUGCACUUCAAGAGGCGGCUAAAGCCCUGCAAGCAACGGUCUCGAAAGCUAAUCCGCGUAUUCGGAGGAUAAGAUGAGCAAAAGUGUGGAGCUACUCGCUGGAUCGGAGGACAGUGCGGGUAACACUUGCUCCCAAGAGAGAUCCAGACUGAACCUGAACGGGAGCCGGCAGCUCUCGAAAAGCGCCACGGAGCUCCGGGACAGCGAGAUCGGGAACAGCUCGCCGUCGAGGCGGGGUGAUGGAUCGGCCGAGUCCAACGUGGUCCAUCAUCGGCAUCAUCGGCAUGGCACGUCGGUGGCGCAGCGCACCCACACGUUCUUCGCGACCCUGAAGAGCCGCUGGUCGCGCAGCAGGAGCAAAGAACGGAAGAAGUCCAAGGAUGCCGGAACCGGGCAAGCGCAGGAAACUAAUCAGUUCAAGAGCCCCGGUGUCGAGUCCGACUACGCCGCCGAUUAUUCAUCGGAGCACAGCAGAAGCUCCUCGGCCACGCAAAGCCCGGCCAGGCACUGCCUCAAUCACCCGGAGUCUCCAUUGGCACGCGCUAACAGAGAGAAGGUCGUGACCGUGCAAGAAGACAACGGAAAAUGCACCGAGGGAUUCUCGAAGGGGUCCACGAGUUUUCUGGGGCAGAAGGAAGGGCUCGCGGCCGAGGCAGCCCGCGACUCCAUCAGCCAGGACGGCAGCGAGUUCCUUCAGGACGAGGUGAUGCGAAGGAGAGAGCUAGCGUUGAGACAACACGCCUUCUUCCAACUUCGCUUGCACAUAAGAAGAGGCACAAAUCUCGUUGCGAUGGACAGAUGCGGUUUUCGACUACGAUUGGGGCCUGCAGGAUGACUUCAUGGGGUCUGCUCAAUUGGACCUUACUCAACUGGACCUUGGACAUCCCCAAGACAUAACGUUAGAACUGAAAGAUCCGGCCAGGCUGAAGCAACACUUGGGCGAAAUCUC